AUGUCUUAUCAAACGGCUGUUACUACCGAGGCUCAGGCCGGCACAAUUCCACUGCGACAUCCCGAUACCACGACUGAUCGACCGCCGCCUCCUCCCCCGGUGCCCUCUUCCGAUCCUCAUUUGAUCGCCGACGACCCCUCCGCACCGAAAGCCUCUGCCGAUCAUGGCCUCUUCGAGAUGUCACCAGCAGAAGCACUCGCUUUGCUGAGCGCUGGCGUCGAGCUUCUUGUCAGGAUAACGGGCGAUGUACCGCCGACACCGCCGCCAAAAUCUCCUACCGUGCCGCACAUGAGUGGCAUGCAAGCUGAGAAGGAGAAUAUCGUGCGGUCAUACUCGGAUAAGAAUCUGGUGAAAUUAAGGAAACAGGCCGAGCUUGAGGCCAAGAGAUUGGCUGCCAAAGAUAAGCCUGAGCCUGUGCAUGACAAUCAACCAGAGUCGGGGGAUAUUGAUGGUGUGCGGCUGAAGCCUCACCCAGGUCUCAUGUCGCCGCCACCUCAAUCAGAGCCUUAUGUUGUCGUGGGAGCCGAUUCCCAGCCUGUCAACUUGCAACACAGCGCUAUAACACGCAAGUUCUACAGCAAGAAUGAGCCUCCGAUCACUAUCAACCAGUAUCUUCAGCGACUACACCAAUUCUGUCCCAUGAGUACCGCAGUAUACCUCGCGACAUCACUAUAUAUACACCGAUUAGCCGUUGAGGAGCGAGCUAUCCCUGUCACCCGGCGCAACGCACAUCGUUUAGUCCUGGCUGGUCUUAGAGUUGCCAUGAAAGCUCUUGAAGAUCUAUCUUAUCCCCAUGCCAAGAUGGCUAAGGUGGGUGGCGUCAGUGAAGCAGAACUGGCUAGGUUGGAGAUAAGCUUCUGUUUCCUGGUUGGAUUCGAACUAGUUGUUGGUGAGGCUCGACUACGGAAACACUACGAGCGAUUGAGAGAUCGCACUUCGCACCACGGCUUCGAUAAUGCGGAUGUUCCUAUAUUAAACCUCAAGCCUCGGCCACGCGGCGGAGUUCAGCCAGCAGCAUAG